AUGAGCCAGAGUACUGGAGAUGCAGCUUUGGACAUCAUUGCUGAGAUGGCGCGCGCCGGACCAUCCACCCCACUGAUCCCUCCGCCUUCUCGACGGUUGUGCGUUCGACACCAGCGUAUGGCCGAUGAGCCUACAACAGCUAAAUUGCAAAAGUCCAUUGAAUCUCUACCUCUAGCAGAUCAGCAAGCGGUUAAUACCGUGUGGACCCUCUUCUCGUCGUCGCCUGCAUCGAGAAGAGCACUCAUUCUGCAAGGACUCUUGACCAUGUGCUGUUUCAGCCAACUAUCCCUGUUAUCGUCCGAGCUGGCACUGGCGAUUCGCAUCGACCCUUUUUCGCUCUUUCCACGCGAGAUCUCGCUGAAGGUGCUCGGCUACGUCGAUGCCAUGUCCCUUGGACGUGCUGCCCAGGUCUCCCGCACCUGGCGGGCUCUGGCAGAUGACGACCUGCUGUGGCGCAACAUGUGCGAGCAACACAUUGAGCGCAAAUGCGAAAAGUGCGGAUGGGGUUUGCCUCUACUCAGCGAGCGACGAAGACGCGCCAAACCCAGCACCCCUUUGACCAUCACACCGUCCGGCGAUGCGGCAACGGGUGUGCCUUCACCAACGAAUGGCAACGGCACGCUGAAGAGAAGCAUCACUGCCGCAAAAAAUGCCGCUGCGCAAGAACGUCAUGCCAGAGCAGAUAGCAAUGCUGGAUCGGCUGCCCCCUCACCAUCAGUACAGUAUGCCUCGAUCGAUUCGGAAGAGGCUGCAGCAGGCAGCUCGAGCAACGCUGAGGCGGGAUCGUCCUCCACGCGACCUUCCAAGAGACCGCGCCUAACGUCUGAGGCCACCUCAGCUAGCGCGGAGAGUGCUGCUGCAGCAGCUGCGACCGCCCUCAUCACGCCACCUCAUUCCGCAGCGUUGUCGCACGCAACUCGACCAUGGAAGUCUGUGUACUGCGAGCGCCUGGCCAUCGAGCGCAACUGGCGCAAAGGUCGCUACACCAGUCGGGUGCUACGAGGACACAAGGACGGUAUCAUGUGCCUACAAUUCUCCGAUCAUCUGGCUCACCCACAAUUUCCGGUCCUGAUCACCGGAUCGUACGACCGAACCGCUCGCGUUUGGAAUCUGGACACGGGCGCGGAGCUACGUGUGCUCAGAGGCCACUCGAGAGGGGUUCGCUGUUUGCAGUUUGACGAGGCCAAGCUGAUCACGGGCUCCAUGGACCGCACUCUCAAGAUCUGGAAUUGGCGUACUGGAUCAUGCAUUCGGACGCUUGAAGGUCAUACAGAAGGCAUCAUCUGUCUCAACUUCAACGAAGACACUCUCGCCAGUGGCAGUGCAGAUUCAAAUAUCAAGAUCUGGAACUUCAAGAAUGGAGAGUGUUAUACCUUGCGUGGCCAUACCGACUGGGUGAACUCAGUUCUACUGUGGUCAGGGCCCGCAUCUGGAGGUUCACACGCUACCAAGACCAACUCUGCUGCCGGGGGCGCACCUACCAACUGGAACGACGGUGAAUUACGCGCCGACGGCGAGCGUAGCACCAGCGCCGGUGCAUCUGCAUCUGCAGCUAGUUUCGUCUUCAGCGCCAGUGACGACGGCACCAUCCGACUUUGGGAUCUCGAGUUGAGAGAGUGCCUGUUGAACCUCGACGGACAUGUCGCCCAGGUGCAAAGCAUUAAGCUCGUCAUGCUACCGCAUGAUGUCGUGGACAAGCUUGCUCAAGGCGAAGGCGGAUCCGACGAUCAAACCACUCGAAGAGGAUCGCAGCAUCGUAUCGCACGGCAAGGCGAGAAUGAUCGUGGGGCGAAUGUAUCGAACUCCAUGGACGGAGUUGCUGGAAGUGUCGCUUCGUCCUCGUCAUCCAGCGGAGCUUCGACCUGCGGCUACAAUGCCUCUGUGGUUCCCGGGGGCCGCGAACCGAACGGUGGGUUCGCACCGGCCAUGCCUGAGCGACACUACAACAACGUCGCCAGCAGAUCCGCUUCGAACUCUAUCACUCGCAAGCCUAUCGAUCCUCAACUUGCCCGACUUCAUAGUCGUUUGCACAAAGCGGGACUCGCACCAGCUCUGCCGCUGGACGCUGAAGAGGGCGACAUUGAGAAACGCCGUCGCGGGGCUAGUACCGACGCAUCUGGCCACGGCGCUGGAGGCGGCACUCGGGCGGUUCUCUACUCCGGCUCUCUUGACAACUGCAUCAAAGCCUGGGACAUUGAGAGCGGUGGGAAAUGCGUGCGCACGCUCUUUGGCCACACGCUCGGCGUCUGGGCAGUGGAUUGCGAUACCAGAAGACUGGUCAGCGUCUCGCAUGAUCGCACCAUCAAGACUUGGAGCGCUAGCUCCGGCGCUUGCGAGCUGACUUUGGUCGGACCAAGAGGAGCUACCACUUGCGUUCAGCUUGCAGACGAUAAGAUCGUCUGCGCCGGCGACGACACCGAGAUCAGAGUCUUCGACUUUUCCGAGCACUGA